AUGUUUAGUUCAAUUAUGUUUAAAAAAAAACCCAAACAAAACUUAAAUGAAAAUGAAAUAACAUCACAAUCAACCACAACAACAUCAACUUUAUCAGAUUCAAAACCAAGUGAAAAGAAAAUAAAAGAUAAUAAAAAUGAUAAAUUUAAAAUUAAUGAAAAUGAUACAAUAGUUGAAAUUGAGUGGGAAUCUGAUAUUCAACAAAAAUAUGAUUUAAUAGCAUUAUAUGAUAAUGAUACAAAUGUAAUUGAUGAUUAUAUAUGGCAUUGGAAAAUAAAUGAUGAAUAUACCUAUAAUAAUAAUAAUACAAAUAUAAUUAGAGAUCCAAAUAAAAAUUAUUAUAUAAAAUAUUGGAGAAUUGAUGACAAUAAUAAUGGAAUUAAUCAUCAUCAUCAUUAUAAUCAUCAUCAUCAUAUAAAUAAUCAUCAUCAUAAUCAUAUUAAAACGAAUCAUCAUAGUCUUCCACCUAAUCUUCAUUUAUCACCACUUCAUAAUAAUAAUCAUCAUCGUCAUCAUAGUCACCAAUUUCCAAAAGUAUCAAUUAAUAAUGUUUAUAAACAAAUUCAUAAUUAUAAAUUAAAAAAUCAUUUUAUAAGGCAACAAUUUCAAAAUAAUUCAACAACAAAUCAAGAUACAAUUAAAAUUAAAUUAUCGCAUUUUGAAGAAAGAAAUCUAUUAAAAUCAGUAGAUUAUUCAGGAGAGAUGUUUAAACAAUACUCAAAUUGGAUGACAAAUAAUUGGGAAAGAAUUAAAGAUAAAAUGGUUAGAGACCUAGUUUUACCAGGUAGUCAUGAUGCUGCAACCUAUGGAAUUAAAUCAAGUUCGUUAAGAGUACCAGGUGAUAAAGUACCAUCAUUUAUACCAAAUUCAAUUGUAUCAAAAUGGUCAAAAACUCAAAGUGGAAAUAUAUUUAAACAAUUAACAAUGGGUUACCGUUAUUUUGAUCUUAGAGUUGCACCAUAUCCAGUCACUGGUAAAUUAUAUAUUUAUCAUGCAAUGUUUUCAGUUCCAGUUUCCGAAGUUUUAGAUGAUAUAGUUAAAUUUAUAAAAAAUACAAAUUAUUAUCAACAACCAAAUAGUAGUAAUAAUAAUGAUGAAAAACAACAAUUACAACAACAACAACAAUUAUUUAAAAAAGAAAUAAUUUUAUUACAUUGGAAUCAUUUAGGAUAUUUAUCAAUUGAACAACAUCAAGAAUUACAAUUAAUGAUUAAAUCCAAAUUAGAUGGUAUGUUGGCAAAUAGACAAUUAGGUAACAAUGUAAAAGUUAGAGAAUUAGAAUUUACACCAAUUAUAAAUAUUUAUGAUGAUAAUGGUUUAAAGAAACGUAUUAUAAAUGAUGAUGGUAAAAAAAGUAAACAACCAUUUGAUUCAAUUCAAAAUGAACCAUUAUUUUGGUACUCCAAUAAAUCGUUGGUAUCAAAUUAUGAUUCAAAUCAAUUUCAUACAAGUAAAGAUGUAAUAUCAUUUCUAUCAAGAGAAGUUACCUAUAAUCAUAAAGAUAGAUUUUGGGUAGCUCAAUGUAUCUUAACAAUUGAUUCAAAAAAAUUAUUACAUAUCACUACAAAUUCAUUAUUGGACUGGAAUCAUUCUGAAUUUCCAAAAUUUUUAAAGUUUUUUGAAAAUUUGGAAGAAAAAAAAGUUCCAACAAAUAUUAUAAUGACUGAUUUUUGUACUCAUUAUCCAAUAACUGAUUACGCAAUUAGAAGAAAUAUAAAUGAAUAA